AUGCCCUCGCUCAAAGAUCUCAGUUGCGCAAUCGAGCUUUCCGAACCCCAAAAGGCACUGGAAGAAUUCGGCACCAUCUAUGGCGAUGGAUUUGUAGAGACUUUCGUACCUGUACCCAGCAAGCCGCAAUCAUUUUCGGUCCACCUCACUUCCAACAAGUUCAUCGCACCAGGCGUGGCUAUCUUUGUAUACGUUGACGGUGUCUACCAAUGCAACCGCAAUAGACAGGACUUGAAACUUCGGAAACCUUCUGAUAGCCGCUCUUUGGUCGACUUCAGAGUUCGCCAAAAGGAGGAGAGACAAGGGGAUGGCUCGAUGAUUGCGCGCGAGUGGGCAUUUGACAAAUUGAACAUCACAUCAGCAGACGAUGCACCAAGCCUAUGCUCACCAAACAUUCUCGAGAACAUUGGUUGUAUAGAAGUCAUCGUGCUGCGGUGCGCGGGUAUCCGCAAUGCCCAAUCUGGUGCGACGAUGAACUUCGAUGGAGCAGGUGAUUACCUUGAUCAGCACUUUGGUCUAGAUGGGAGCUCGGGGCCCUCGAAUGAAAAGUCUAUGUACGACGACCGUCUGCCCCUUUUCCAUAAUUUCGGCAAUGGCUUCAGUCCACCACCACCUUUAUCCUCCUACCGCCAGCCGUAUGUCGAAUCGGAUGAUAGCCGCAAAGCAUCGUCAUCACGGAACCGCCGCAGCGCUCACGGUGCACAAGGCGUGCCUCCUCAAGCAUCUGUCACACAUCACACGCAGCUUCGUUCCAGAUACACCGAGUCUGUCAGUCCUGGUGCGCGGCGCACGAGCGAAAUUUGUCCACCAGGCUUUCAGUAUGGUAGCGGUCCUAUACCGCGCGACGGAGAGCCGUUCCGACAACGAGCGACAGAUGCCAGGACGUCUAAAGUUCCCUUUCAAGAUCCUGUCUGGUUGAACGAAGUGAUUACUACAGCAGUGAAGCAGGGAUUGGAAGAGUCGCGACGGAUUGAGGCGCAGUCUGAAGGACGUGCUGGAAAGAAGAAAAUUCACUCAGAUGUGGACAUCAAGAAUCACCUACCUGGAGCAUGGCCGACAUCUCCAGUCGCAGUGACCCCAGAACCGUACAAACGAUCUCAGCCAGCGGCUUUCUCUGUGCACGAGCGUGAUAGUGAUCACGGCUCGAAAUGGAACGACUCUCAAGGCGGUUGGAGCCAACAUAAGUCGCAAAGCAAAGCCGGCAGUCGCGUUACGUGGAGUGCUGAGCCCUUCUCCGAAACCGAUUCCUCAAGUCAUCGCGGAUGGAAACUGCAUGAAGAGACACCUUCAGAUUCUUGGGAUACAGAAGAGACAUGGGCGACCAACAAAGCGCAUACUUGGGAGGCUUCCGAUCCAGUGAGCCAAUCUCAGCCACCAGCUGUUCUGAGUCACUAUAAUGUGAAGGCCAUCCCCCCAAUCAAUUUGGAUACACACAGUCGCCAGCGUUCUAAACUCAGCUCCCAACAACAGAAGUCGCGCUCAAAAUCACGUACAAAGCACUCUCGACGAGAACAUGGAAUCACGUCGUCUUCUUCAGAAGAAACAGGGUACGCAUAUCUUGAACGGCCUUCAGACUCAGUCGUCUCCUUGAGCAGCUCAGACGAAACUCUUCGGGCAUCGCGUUCUCGGACUCAUGCACCACUUGGAACAAAAAGCAGGUCUAAGAGCCGUUCUCGGCGUACGAAAUCUGCGCAGCGAGACGACGGGCGAAGACCAUCACAGGCUUCGCAGUACGCACCCAUGGCGCAGCCAGCAGGAACCCAUUAUGCCGCUGCUUCUCCCAUGAUCAAACAAGCCACGCCGAUUAUCAUGAACGCGCCAAUACAUCUGAUCCCGACACAAGUACCCUCAUGGCAGCCUAGUGUACAUCCUCCAAGUCAGGGUCCGCAAGUGUUUGAUCCCAUACGGAAGCAAAGCAAUGCUAGCAAUAAAUUCCCUCCCCCGUAUGCAUCAUCGCUGAAAGAUCUUGUCAAUGGUACAGUGGGUGCUGAGCAGCAAGAAAGCCGUUCUGUUUCCUCUUCUAGUUGGGGAAGUGUCAAGAAGACUGGAAGUGUAAAAGAUUCAUGGGGAAAUGAUGACGACAAGGAGUCUGGCUGGGGUACUACUGGUACCUCUGGCUGGGAAGAGAAGGAACCAAAACCACAAGGCAAGAAUGGCUGGGAAACCACGAACGAGCCUAUGAAUGAAGGUCAAGCCGAUGGCUGGAAAACUCCGAAUGAACCUAUGAAAGACGAUCAAGCGGAGGGCUGGAAAACCCCGAAUGAACCUAUGAACGACGAUCAAACCAAUGUCUGGGCCAAUACCGACGACAUCAACCAAGUUGAAGCCAUCGCCUGGGAGACCAAGGAUAACAAUUGGGUCAUGAAGGGCGAUGGUGCCAGCAUGAAGGAUGACGGUGUUCAUGCGAAAAAUAGCAAUUGGGGUAUGGAGGACAAUAGCGGGGAUAAGAACGACGAUGGUUGGAGUCCGAAGAACAACUGGGGCGCACCUCAGACACUGAAGAGUGAAGGGGAAAAGGAGAAAGAAGGUACUGUCAACGAUGCGACAAGCCUGCGGUCCGCUUCGGAGAACGCCGUCGAAAAUCCAUUCGUCUCUGAAACACCAUGGCAAACCCAGACAUGGGACUUUCAGGCCAAUAAAGACCAUGAAGAAGUUGUCCCAUGCAACGACGUCAAGCCAGCUCCGCAGAUUCCAGUGGUAGAAACACCCCAAAAGGCUGCUUCAGCAUCUCGUCGCUACAGCAACAAGUCCCUAUCAAAAUACCGCCAACUUCGUAACUCUUCUACGGACCUGACCACCCCAAAGGCGCACUGGCAAUUCCCCCCUCCACCAUUGUCACACAAACUUCGGACCAUCUCCGAAAAUCAAACUUACAUUGCCCCAAAAGAGCCGCGCUACAUCAUCCCGGAAAAGAUUGCCAGCGAAAAAGGAAUUGAGCACCAGGUGCGACCUGGCCCGGCAACCGAGUACGGACAUGUAGUGGGUAGGCCAGAGUACAUGGAUCAACUAGACAAGCCAUACGCCGUAUUUCGAUUCAAGUACCGCAGUCGCUCUAUACUUAAAGCACUGUUUGGAGAUCAGAUAUCUGGAGUGGAGAAGCCUCUGCCAUCUCGAACUACCGAAAUCAAGAAGGAGAAACUCAAACAGGUCCCACAGGAUGAGUUGAUUGAUAAGAUGCUCAAGUUGGAGACGAAGCUCAAAGAAGCUCAAAGGUCUAGGGAGAAGAAACACAAGCAUGGCCAUCGCCACCAUGAAGCAGAAAAGGAGGAAGAGAAGGUAACAAAGCCCAGUGAUCAAACUGAAGUUAUGGCACAGGCCUUGACUGAGGCAUGGGUUCAGCAUCAGUCUCGCGAACCCAGCGAGAAAGCAAACAGCCAGACUGCAAAAUCCACCAGUAAGGAGAAGGGUGAGAACAUUGAGAAGAAGGGAAACGCCAAUGGGGCAUGGUUGCAGAGUGGAAACGAUGGAUGGGGUAGUAACAUCAAAUGGUGA